AUGGAAGACCCGUGGAGCACGCCGUGGGCGGUAGAUGACCCCUCCGCGUCGCCCGGGCUACCACCAGCGCGCGAGGGCUUUGAGCGUUCCUCUUCCUGGGGUGAGGUGGCGCCGCGGCAAUAUAAUGGCGGCGAUCAUGGGGAUGAGGAUGAGGAUGAUAAUGAAAAUGGCUGGGGCGGCUGGGACGACGGCAAGCAAAUUGCGUGGGACGCAAGAAUAGCGCCGCUGGGGGAGCCGGCAGAUGGGCUCGCGACGCCGUGGGGAAUUCGGGAGGAGGUGGACGACGACAAGGACGGGAAUGUGCCUGACUCGGCGGCGGCGGCGGGUCUUGGCGUGCGGACGGUGGAAAGGAUGGAGAGCAAGGCGACGAGGCUGCUGGAGGACGAGCAGGAUGCGUGGACGGCGCCGCGGGAGAAGGAUGCUGUGAUAGCGGCGGCGCCGGAUGAGGAGCUGGUGCGCGCGAAAGAAGAAGAAGAAACAGAACAGGUGAAGGGAGUUGCCAGGGAGGAGGAAGAGGAGGAGGAGGAGGAGGAGCUGGGAGGUUCAACGUUGGAUUGGCAAUCGCAGCAGCAGCAAAAGGCGUCCAAGGUGCAGGAGCUCGUCAACAUGUAUGACGGGAUAGCGAAGGAGGCGGCGCGGCCAGCAGCAGAGCCGGUCAUGCGAGAGUCGAGGUCGGCAGAGUCAGCAGAGGCAUCUCCAGAGGAUGUCUUUCGCCAACAUCAUAUCGGCGUUGACGUUUCUGGCGUUGCCAAGGAUGACGAUUAUGUCGAGAACCAGGGAGCCACAGCAAUUGUCGCUGACGUGCAGCCCUCCACAACUAAAGAACUUGAUCUGAUAGAAAAGGCUCCCUCAUUGAAUGACGGUAUAGCGAACGAGCAAAGGGAAUCUGCGCCAGCAAAUACCGCGCACGAUACCACCAGCAAUGAACAACUAAACCCGCAGCAGCCACACCUCGCUAUCACGCAACCCAACAUCCAGCAUGAGCUCUACCCUAUCGACCUCUCCCAUCUCGACGCCUUAUUCCCCGGCAGCAACCCCCCUUCCGACACCCCUCCCGCGUCCGUCCCUGACACCAUCCUCCGCUCCACCCCCUUCACCACCACCUCGGAGCGCAAGACCUGGUACCGCGUCUCUCGGCUCGGCUCCGUGCGCUUCCACGACAAUGGUGACGAUGAGGCCACCUACCGGCGCGUCGCCUGGCCCUCGUCGGACAUUCGCACCAAGACGCUGGACAUUGUGCGUCGCUGGAUGGAGCAGGACUCGAUUGCGGGCCGCGUCGUGCUGGGGGGCGGCAGGAAGGCGGGCGGCCCGCUGGGGGCGAGCAUGUUUGGGUGGGACGACGGCGCGCCGCAGGUUGAGAUUGGAGAACUGCUGCUGCGGCGGCGGCAGCAGCAGCGGAGCGGGCAUGCGGACAGCAAGGGCAGCAACAUGGCGGAGCGAGGGGAGGAUGGGGUGCGGGAGAAGACGCAGAUGAUGGAGACGGCGGGGGUGCGGCCGCUGGCAGAAAUGUCGAGAUCGCCGUGGGAUGAUAAUGAUGAGCCGCCGAGCAAGCAGAGAAGCUCGCUCGAAGCCAUGCCACCUCCCCCGAGGCCGGCUGAAGCUGAUGCUUGGCGGGAGAGUAUCAGCGAGCCAGCGCCAGCGCAAGACGAGUCCGCAAAAGAGGGCGAGUCCGGGAACGACAAUGAUGACGACAACGACGACGACGAUGAUGAUUGGGGUGAAAUGGUUUCAUCGCCGACAGUCAAUGAGAGCACGACAUUUCCCUCCUUAUCCGCUCCCGUGGCAACAACGCCGCAGCAGCCGUCCUCCGAGGCGGCCUUGAACGGCCUCGGUUUCGUCGAGUCCUCGGCGGCAAAGUCGGUGCGGUCGGACCCGCCGCCGCCAAUCCACACCGCUGGCAUAACCGGCCUCGGCAGCUCGGUGGCAGCUCCGUCGUCGUCGUCGCCAACGUGGACGUCCACUCUGAACUCGCCGGCGCCUCUCGCACCCACCACCACCCGCGUAUCCGCGGACAGUGGAUCGCGAGAAAAGCCGGCCGUUGUCCAUGGUGCGUCCACACCCGCCCUGGAAACGCCGCGUGCGUCGACGAGCAGCAACAGGGUAUCUGCGGAGCAUAUCUGGACACCGGCCGCGUCGACGCCGACGACGACGACGGAGCACAGGCUGUCGACGGAACAUGCGUGGACGGCCACGCCGGCUACGAAUAACAGCGCGUUUAUGGAGACACCAUGGACGCUCAAGGUCGUCGGGGCGGUGGGCGCGACGACGCCGUCGGGCACAUCUGCGAAGCCAUCAUUGGACAAGUCGGUGUCGGCCACGGAUACGUUUGCAGUAGACGAAAAGACUGACGUAGACGAGGCGCUGAAAAGUCUGCCGGACUUGUCCUACAUGCUGCACUAA